CAGAAACUCCAUCAAACCGCGUUUUCCUUUUCCCUCAAUGGUCCAUUUCUCAAACAUUUUGGCCUCGUAUAAGCCCCCUUCUCCCUUGUAAACCCCAUAAAAUCUCUUUGUAUUUUCCCAAUUCCCACCAUGAAAUUCUUCUCAACACAAUUUCCAUGGGUUUUUUCUUUUGUAAAUCCCACCACUUUUCCCUCUUCUUAUUUUCCUUUCUCUGUUUUGCUUCUUUCACCUUUUCUUUAUCCACUGUUUCAAUCUCUGAAACUUCCAGCCUCACAAUUGUUUGCGCUUUAGUACCCUCCAAUGGCAGCCUUCAACUAUAUUCUCUCAACUGUUCUACCUUUCCUGUUCUUGAUAUAAUUGAAACCCCUUUUAGUUCCAACGAUUUGUUUUCUGGGAUUGUCUCUGGGGAUGGAUUUUUAUGUGGUUUGAGACCCUCUUCUUCGUCAUCCAAUGUUUCAGUCAUGCAUUGUUGGAGAUUUUCCAGCAAUGGUUCUACUUUAAGCUUCAAAAGGAUUUACAGGGGUCCAGUUCUUAACCAGCUUGAAGCAGGCAACACUCAUAUUUGUGGUCUUAAUCAGACAAACGCUCUUGAAUGCUGGCAGUGGCCUGAAUUUAAUCAAACAGGUGGUGUUCAGAACUUUUCCGAUAUUGCUGUUGGCGAAGGAUUUGUAUGUGGGUUAUCAGAAGAUGGAACGACGAUAAGAUUCCUCCGAAACUUCACUGGUAUCACUGAUCGAGACACUAUAGGUGGGAAUUAUAGCGUGAUUGCUGCUGGUUUCAGACAUGUUUGUGCCAUCAAUUCAGAUAAUGAUUUAGAGUGUUGGCCAAACCGAACCACUGUCGGUGAUAUGCCUCAGGGAAAGUUCAACUCGCUGGCUCUGGGGUUGAAUCGAAGCUGUGCUUUAAGGAUUAAUGGAACAGUUGUCUGUUGGGGGAUGAACAAUUUCAGGCUGCCACUGGAAUUGGAAGGUCUUGAGUUUAUUACAAUCAAAGCAAAAAGGAAUGUUUUUUGUGGAGUUUUAACAUUCAAUUAUUCACUGUUUUGUUGGGGUGACUCUAAUUUCAGCUCCAACCAUAUGGUUUUCUCAGAAGUUUUACCUGGACCAUGUAGGAAUGAAUGUCCAUAUGGUUCAUUGCUAGGAUCAGGCUCGCUUUGCAGCAAUGGUUGGUCUAUUUGCCAAUCUCGACCUUCAAUGCCAACAACGCCAGCCCUGCCACCAUCUCUCUCACCCCAACCUCAAAACAGAUCGACAAACAAUGAUUUGAAUGGCAGAUUGAUAGCUUUUCUAGUUGUUGGUUGUGUUGGAUCCUCCUUGUUCUUGCUAGUCGUUGGUUUCUUUGUCUUCAGAUAUUGCAAAGAUAGAGUGUGUCGAGUCCAUGAUUCAGGUCGGCUCGAUGAGACUGGUGCCCCUGUCAAUGGUGAUCCAGAAUCAAAUCAUCCCCAAACUCCCCAAGCCCCACCGGCUGUGCUCGAGAAGCGUCUGAGCCAAUUGACCAGCAUGGGUACCACUGGUCGCUUGGAAGAGUUUUCGUUUGAAGACUUGGUUCAAGCCACCAACAAUUUCACCGAAGAUCAUAAGAUUGGUAAUGGUAGUUUUGGUUCAGUCUAUUAUGCUACAUUGGAUGAUGGGCGCGAAGUGGCCAUCAAACGAGCCGAAACAACGAGCACUUCAUCCUAUGCAAUCGGCUUCAGGCGUCAAGAAGAUAAAGACGACGCCUUUGUGAAUGAGCUCGAGUAUUUGUCCCGCGUUCACCACAAGAACCUCGUCCGACUCUGGGGAUUUUACGAGGAUUCGAGCGAACGCAUACUUGUUUACGAAUACAUGAACAAUGGCACACUCCAUGACCAUCUCCACAAGUUACAAAACUCGCCCUUUACGUCAUGGGCUAUUAGGCUCAAGAUCGCAUUAGAUGCUGCAAGAGGGAUCGAAUACCUGCACGAAUACGCGGUUCCACAGAUCAUACACCGCGAUAUCAAGUCUGCCAACAUUCUUCUCGAUACAAACUGGACCGCAAAAGUAUCGGACUUUGGAUUAUCAUUGAUGGGUCCUGGAGACGAGGAAUCACACCUUUCACUGCGUGCAGCAGGCACGGUCGGAUACAUGGAUCCCGAGUAUUACAGGCUCCAACAACUGAGCACUAAGACUGAUGUUUACAGUUUUGGAAUAGUUCUGCUCGAAUUAUUAUCCGGAUACAAGGCGAUCCAUCGGAACGAAAAUGGGGCGCCAAGGAAUGUGGUCGAUUUUGUGGUUCCAUAUAUUCUUCGAGACGAAAUUCACAGGGUUCUGGACCCGAAUGUCCCACCGCCAACCCCUUUCGAGAUCGAGGCGGUUGCGUAUGUAGGCUAUUUAGCGGCGGAUUGUGUGAGACCGGAAGGCCGAGACAGGCCUUCGAUGACUGAGAUUGUAAAUAACUUAGAGAAGGCAUUAACAGCCUGUUUGAUUCCCCGAGCUUUAUCUCGAUCCACUACACACUCUUCCACAUAAAAUGUACAGCAAAAUUUUUCAGUCAAAUUUUCUCCAAUACAUUUAUUUUUUAUUUUUA